AAGUUAGAGGAUUAAUUUAACAUGCAAAGUGUAGAAAGUGUAAUGUUGCGUUGCGUUUUAUUUACCAACGUGUGGAGAACCUUUUUUUUUAUUUUCUUUUUCUUUUGGUGCAAUAAGGAGUUUAUCUACGUAUCUAUGUGGGACAGAUUACACUUCGAAAUGAGCUACUGAUCUGAAGACCUCUAAGAUUACUAUUUCCGGAGAAGAGAUGACACAAACAAUACACAUGUGACUUUCGAAAAUUAAUAUUUAUGACCCGAAAAUAAUGGAUUUAAUACACCGGGUGAACAAUAGUGACAUACCCAAUGCCCUUUGUGUGCUUUGAAAAGUUAUUUAAACGAAAACAUUCGAAGAAUCCAAACAGUGAUGCUCUGACAAUGGCUAGAAAAGAUAGUCCCGAUAUAAAAGUUUUAAGAAUAACAAACAGACUGAAAAAAAUAGAAAAUAUAAGUAAAUUAGCUGUAAUUUUACUUUUAGUAGCAAAUAUAAAAUUUAUUGAAUGUAGUCAAAAUUCAUCUAGUGUUAACAAUGAUAUAGCCAAAAGAGUCAAACUAUUAAAUGCUGUUACUGGAAGGUUUUUUGGGAAUAUUUAUGAGAAUGGAACGUUUAGGACUGGGAAUUCCUUAUGGGAUGAUAUAUUAAACAAGUGUACAGUGAAUCCGUCAGUGAGCUGUUUGCAAAAGAACUUCUAUUCUUUCUUGGACGACAAACUGAAUUACAAUGGUGAUGUGAAAUUCGGGAAUGUUUGUUUUGAGAAAAAUGCUGUUGAUAUCAAUAAGUACACUAAAGAAGCCAACAUAAUCUACCUCACGGGAAGUAAGAGGAAUCAAGUAAACGAGGACCGAGCAUUUGAUGAAGAAAAUGAAAUAAAGGAUGAUGAAGAACCAGAAUCACCACUGGAAGAAGUGACGGAUUCGUUAUACGAUAAAGGCUUGAAAUUUUUGGUGACUCACGACAUGAAAAUGAGACUGCCUGAAUUUCUAUUUGACGGGGCCAUUUUGAAAAUAUCUCCAAGGGCUCUGACGAAAACUGGUGCUUUAGUCCACAUCGACUUGGAACCUAGGGAGCAGAAAGAAGAAGGGAGAUUGUUUUUUCACAAAAUCAAAAAAAUGCUGAAACGCAAACUAGUCACGGCCGCGAUAGGCAUUAUACUCGUUGUGAAACUGAUCGCCCUAAAACUAGUUUUCGUUCUUCCGAUAAUUUUCGGCGUCACGACGGCGAAGAAGAUGUUCCUGAAAUUCCUUCUGUUCCUGUUCCCGGCUUUGAGUCAUAUCUUCAAACUGUGCUCGUGGUACCACAACAACUAUCACACGACGAAGUAUCACCAUCACCAUCACUUGAUCACACAUCAUCAUAAGCCAUCACACCAUGGGUACACAUACCCUGCUUCGUCAUCAGUGGUCGUCAAACCUCACGCGGCGGGUCCUCCCUCCACCUCCGACUUCUAUCCUCAAGAGUGGGAACUCUCGGGGCCUGGUCUUGGCAGUGAGUAUAUAGCAUCUGAUAUACAUCGCAACGCUAUAGCCAGCUUCAAGCCUCACGUGAAUGAUAUGAACGACAUAAAUUCUUGGGGUCUUGGCAUGCCUCCAGGACCUUCAAUGAAUGUCGGAGAGUACGCAGCAGGUAACAAUGUCGUCCCAACUGUGGUAUCUCCUUCAGGACAAAGAGUGACCUCACACCUCGGAGGAAGGCCGGUGGGACCGCCAAAUCCUUACUACAGACACAAAAAACAACCAAAAGAUCCUGUUGACGCAGAAAAGGAAGCAUUGAUACGCGCAGCCUCUCUAGCGGCCAGGGCACCGCCGUCUCCAGUCAGGGACGAGAUCCUGAGGGUGUCUGCCGCGAAACUGACUGAGACAAAUAGGGUGAAGACGGAAGCUGAGCUGGUGAAACACCAGCAACAGAUCUUGGCUGCAACAGACCCUGAGACUCAAUCAGCGGAAAAGUUUUACGGCAAUCUGUUAGAGCGAGUCGACAAGAUAUUGCUUACUCUCGGUGCGAACGACCCCGGAUGCAAGGAUAGGGCAGUAUGCGCUUUGUACCGAGACCCUUUUAGCCACGCACCCUACAGUAAUCUAGUCUCCAACGAGCUAAGCAAAGAUUCAAGCGAACUUUUACCUCCUGCAGAUAGCAAAAUGGCACUUCGUUACUAUAAGUACGUGCAGGCAGCACGUGAUGGACAAGAACAAAAGGAUUGUGUGAUUCUGUACCCUCAUUGUAAUAUAGAUUACAACAAAAAAUAGUCGGUUAUCGUAUAAAUAGCCAGAGAACAAUGAUUUAAGGGACCCUUAAAUGGAUGAUUUUUUUUUUACGUUUUAAAAAAAUAUAUUUGUGUAAAAGACGUGUAUUACUGUCUAGGAAAAAUGAGUAAAAAAAUCUAGACAUGAAUUUACUAUACUUUUUUUGCAAUAAUGUGAGUGUUGUUUAUAAACUACAUUGCGCAUUCAUUGAUGUUUGUGUCAGAUCCAUUUAAGGGUUGCUUCGAAAAUGAAAUUCGUUAUACUUUUUUUGAUUCUCUACAAUCUUAGUCAUGCAUAAGAAUGUUUGAUUUACAGUUUGUUUCUCAUUUCCAAGAGAAAAUUUAUCAUAUCAGAAUUUCUAGUUGAAUCUGAGGGUGAAUGUCAACAUAGAUCUUUGACGUUUCGUAGUACCUAGGAUGCUGAACAAACUAUAGCACACAUAUUUCUAUUCGUUAUUUAAGAAAGAAUACAUCUUUUAAAAGGAAAUUACCAGUAAAAACAAUAUAUAUGAAAUCAUGUAAACCUCCUGAAAAUGAAUUGAGAAGAUUCUAGAUAAUGGUACGUUAAAAACGUGUGGCGCACGUUGAUCAGACGGGGUGUUGUGUGCCAAAAAUGAAUGGUCUCUAUUUUCCCCGCUAAAAUGUGUACUGAAAAUACGAAUCUAGAUUAAUAAUGGUCAAUUCACACCGAGAUGUAAGCGAAGCGAAGAGCAGUUUUAAUGUCAAACUCGUAUAAUUUUAGGCACUAUCGCCAUGUCUAUAAUACAAUCGCUUGGAUAACUUGAAAACCGCGAGCGAAUGCGCCGUUUCAGCUGCUUCACUUUCGGUGUAAAUUGACCCUUAUUGUCAUAAACUUAAGUCUAUUAAAAGAAAAAUCAGUUUAGUUUCUAUGUGCGUCAACGAUUGACAAAGAAUUAGGGUAAGCCCACUACACCGUGGCAUGUUAUAACCGUCUUUGGAAUGCGACAGACUCCUUAUGCGUUGAAAGGCUUUGUAUAGCCCUAAUCAAAUUUAAAGAGUGCUUUUUACGCGAUAUUUAUAUUAAAAUGUCGUGUAGC